AUGUCGUUAUAUUCAUUAAUUGUAAAUGUUGCAGCCUCACCCAGCGGCACAGACAAGGCAGCCUCACCCAGCGACACAGACAAGGCAGCCUCACCCAGCGACACAGAUAAGGCAGCCUCACCCAGCGACACAGACGAGACAGCCUCACCCAGCGACACAGACGAGACAGCCUCACCCAGCGACACAGACGAGACAGCCUCACCCAGCGACACAGACGAGACAGCCUCAACCAGCGACACAGAUAAGACAGCCUCACCCAGCGACACAGACGAGACAGCCUCACCCAGGGAUACAGACGAGACAGCCUUACCCAGCGACACAGAUAAGGCAGCCUCACCCAGCGACACAGACGAGACAGCCUCACCCAGCGACACAGAUAAGGCAGCCUCACCCAGCGACACAGACGAGACAACCUCACCCAGCGACACAGACGAGACAGCCUCACCCAGCGACACAGACGAGACAGCCUCACCCAGCGACACAGACGAGACAGCCUCACCCAGGGACAGAUAA